AUGGAGAGCCGACGGGGCAGUUGUGAGAUAAGAGGGGGUACUGUACCCUCUCAAGGUCUUGGAGAUACCAUUCAGGUGUAUGGGGAUUGA